AUGAAUAAAUCAGACAAAAAAUUCAUUUUAAAAUUAUUUAAAAUUAAAAAUGGUAAUAUAAAUUUAUUAAAAAAUAGAAUUACUCAUUUCAGUAUUAAUAAUAAAUGUAUGCAUAUAGUUUUAUGUAAUAAUACACUGAUAAAAUAUUACGUGGAGGAAAAUGAAUUAUCAUAUGUUGACUUUUACAAUAAAAAAGCAACGAAUAAUAAAGCUGAAAUAAGGUCAAUAUAUUUUGAUAAUAAUUGUUAUCAUGGUUUUAUUUGCUUAGCAAAUAAGGAAUAUAUAUAUGUUCAUUUUGAAAAUAAUAUCAUAAAAAAUUUAUUAAAAUUAAAAAAAUAUAAUAUCAAGUGCUUAUGCUUUAAUAAUUAUACUGAAAUAAGAAAUACAUUUCCAUUUAUAAUAGGUACUAAGGAUGGAGAAAUAAUUGAAAUGAACAUAAGCAAUAAAGCAAAAAAUAAAGAACAUGAAGUCAUAUUCUGCAGCGAAAAAUUAUCCAUUCUUGAUAUAAAUAUGAUAAAUAUUAAUAUUAGUACAACUAAUGAAAUCUUAAGAAUUAUUUAUUUUACUACUAGCAAUAGUUUACAUGAAUUAAGCUAUACAAUAAAAAAUAAUAAAAUUUAUAAUUCUGAAAAAAGUGAAUCAAAUUUUAGUGAAGAUAAAAAAAAAGAAAAAAGUUUUAUUAUGAAUUCAAGUCAAGAUACAAAAGUUUAUGAAAGCUGCGUUGACUCAUUAUGUUCUAUUUUAAAAAUUGAAAAUAUAAGAAAUAAAAAUUAUUUAUUUUGGCUGAAUGGAUGUUGUAUAUUUAUUAGUAAAAUUAAUAAUCAAAAAAAAAAAUUAUAUUUAAGAAAUAAUACUAGAAAAUUAGGACUUACGAAAAAUAAAACAUUUGAUAAUUUUAAGGAAAAUGAUUAUUUAUCCUGUUCAUCUUCAUCAUAUGAUUCUGAUAGUGAUAUUAAUAUUUUAUAUUUUAAUGAAAAAGAAGAAAUAAAGGAGGGAAGUAAAAAAUAUAUAAACAAAAAAAAAAAUUAUAGAAAUAAUUAUUUUAGUAAGGAUGAAGAAUAUAACAAGAAAUUAAAUAAGGAAUUUUAUUUAGACAGUAAUUAUGUUAUUGUAAAUUUCUUAGAUUUAAAUAUAUUUACAAAUGAUAAUAUAAACAAUUCUAUUUUUACCAAUUCAUUUUAUAAAUCCUUAAAUUAUAAAUUUGGGAAAAUAGGAGAUAAUUCUAGUAAUUCUAAUUUUCAGAAAAAAAAAAAAAAAUUAAAUGAAAAAAGUAGUGAACUAAAAGAUUAUGAAAAGAAAGUGUCUACUAUAGUAGAUAUGUGUGUGAAUGAUUUUUACAUUUUCUUAUUAUUAGAAGAAAAACUAAUUAUUAUUAACAAUGUAAAUUUUAAAAAGGUAUACGAGCAAACGUUAUCUAUAGAAACAUAUGGUGAAGUUAUAAGAAUAAUGAAAGAUAAUUUUGAUAAUCAAAUAUGGUUAAGCACAUCUAAAUAUAUAUUUAAAAUUUUAAUAAAUAAAAAUAAUAAUAAUGAUAUGAUAUAUUUGCAUUUAAAAAAAAAUAAUUACAAACAGAUAUUAGAAUCUAGUAAUAAUAAUGAAAAGAUUAAAAUAAAAAAGUACUUAUUAAAAAAUAAUAAAUAUGAAAUAGAUCAUUAUAAAUACGCAAAUAUAAGCAAUGAAGAAAUGUUAAUAUCUUUUUUGCAUAAAAAGCAAUACUUUCUUUUAUCCAAUUUUUUAUAUAAUAAUAUUCAUUGUUUCAGUAAUAUUGUAAGAAUUGCUUUGUUUAUUUGGUUAAUUCAACUUUAUGUUUACUCAAUUGAUUUAUAUAAUUAUUUAUAUUGUAUUACUUCUUACUAUUAUACACCAGGAGAAAAAGAAAAAACUAUUUCACAUAAUCAAUUAGAAAACCCAAAAAGUAAAAUGAAAGAGAACGAAAAAGAGUUAACCAAUUUUUCAGAUGAAUCAAAAGAAAGCUUAGAUAUUUCUAAUGAAAAUUUACAGAAAUCUGAUGAAUAUUUAGAAGAAUUAGAUGAAUGUUUAGAAGAAAUAGAUGAAUGUUCAGAAGAAAAAGUACAGUUCUUAGAAGAAUCAGAUGAAUGUUUAGAAGAAUCAUGUGAAAAUUGUUAUCAAUCAAGUGAUAUAAUUCAAGAAUCAAGUGAGACUUCACAAGAUUUAUCAAAUGAAAACUAUAAUAAGUUAUAUAAAAGUGAAGAUGAACAAAAUAUUGGUUAUGUGGAAACGAAAAAAAAAGAAAUUAAAAGAGAAAUUAAUAUAAAACAUAUAACUCAUGAGAAAAAAACAGAGCAUUAUAUGAAUCAACUGAAUGAUAAAGAUCAUUUCUUAAAUAAUUUAAAUAAAAGAAGUGACCAGAAUAAUAGUAAUAGUAAUGAGAAUCAUAGGGAUAAUAAUAAUAAUUCUACAAAUAUUUCAAAUGAUUAUAUUAAUGGAAUAAAAAUACUUAAAGAAAAUAAUAAAUAUAUAAAGAAUAAUAAAAAGUAUUUCCUUUUAUUUUUCGAGAAACUAAUAAAUAAUGAAGAAAAAAAGGAAAAUAAAUGUAAUUUUGAUUUUUCUAAAGGGAAAAAAAUGAAUAUAAAAAUAAUAACUGAAAGUGAUAAUUUUUAUAUUUUAUUAAAAAUAUAUAAAAUGAAAAACGUAGAAAUUUUUAAUUUUUUAAAAAAUCAGGAGAAUCUUAUUGUAAGUGACAUAGAAAAAUAUAAAAAAUAUUUCUUAAGUAACGAUGACAAUAAAUAUACAAAUUAUGAAAAAGAUCAUAUAAGAAUCAAGAAAAAAUUAUAUAAACUUGUAUACACAUAUAAGUGCCUUGAAGUAUGUAUUUAUAUAAUAAUACUAUUAAAACAUUUUAAGAAUUUUUUUCAACUAAAUGAAGUUAUCUUUGAUAUAUUUCAAAGUUUCAACAAAAUUAAUUUUUUAUUGUUAUACAAAUAUAUAAAUAAUGAUUUUAAUUAUAUUAUAAAUUAUUAUAUUAAUAACAAUAAAUAUAAUUUGUUAUUUAAUGUAAUUAUAUUAUUUCCACAGAAUGUCUUAUUAGAUGUUUUACAAGGACAUGCCUUUAUAUUAUUUCUUCAUAAACCUCAGAAAUUUGUUGAUUUACUAAUUUUUUAUGAUAACUUAAUUGAUGACUAUUCUAAUAUAAUUAUUUGUAUGUUCAUAGUUAUUUUCUUUUUUAAAAACUAUAAUAGAACUGAAGAAAAAAAACAAAAAUAUAAUAAAUGUAAUAACAUAUAUCUCAAAUAUACUAAUGCAUGUAUAAGAUUUUUAGAAUAUGCUUCCAAUAAAUUGAUAGAAGAUAAUAUUUUAGAAAAAAAAGAAAAUUAUGUUUAUACAUUUGAGUGCACAUGGAAGAAUAAUUAUAUUAUAAACUGCUUACUUAUUUUAUAUAUAGAAGAAGAUGAAAAUGAAAAAAUAAAAAAUUUUUUAAAUAGAUUAAAAUCAUCAACUACUCAUUUUGAUUAUUUGUUUAUCAUUAGAUUUUUAAAAGAAAGAAAAAAAGAAAAUUUUAUUCCUCAUAUUUAUAUCUUAAUGAAAUAUUAUGAAGAAGCAGUAGAUAAGUCAUUAGAAUUAAAUGAUUACAAAAUUGCUAAAAGUGCUGUUUUAUUGUGUGAUGAUGAAGAAGAAAAAAAAAAAUUAUUUCUUAAGAUAAUUAAGCAUGUUUCAAAAAAUUUGAAUGAUAAAAACGUAAAAGAAAUAAUAAAUCUCGUAAGAGAUUCUAAUUCUAUAUUGAAUUUGCAUGAUAUUUUACCUUAUAUCAAUGAAAAUACCAUCAUUGAAUAUUUAAAAAAAGACAUAUGUUCUUUAUUAGGUAUAUACAAUUUAAAAAUAAAAGCAAAAAAAGAAGAGAUUAAAGAAAAUUUACAAACAAUAGAAUUAUUAAACAAGGAUAUUAAAAAUGCUAGAAAAAAACAUAUUAUUUUAGAUAAAAACGAUAUAUGCUUUAUUUGCAAUAAAACUAUUUAUUAUAAAAAAUUUUAUGUCUUUUCAUGUAAUCAUUAUUUUCAUAGUGCUUGUGCUCUAAACAUUUAUUUAAAUUCUAAAUCUAAGGAAGAAUUAUUUCAAUUUUUUUCCAUUCUUCAUAAUUACAAAAAUUCUCUUAUCAAUCAAAAGGAUAAAGAUACCUUAGUUUAUGAAAUGAAAAUUGAUGAUAUAUUAACUGAAGAAUGCUUUAUAUGCGGUAGUUUUUCUAUAAAUUCCGUUUUUCAAAGUUUUAUUUCACAAAAUGAAUAUGAAUUAAUUGACAGCUGGAUCAUAUCAAAAGAUUAA